GGAAUACCUUCCGCUAGGUGUCACGUUGUCAAGAGCUAAUUCAACAUGGCGUCGCCCUGGCGCUGAUACUUUUCCCCACCCGGUCCUUUGCUUUCCGUUCAUCAGACCCCUGCUAGGAAUUAGCUAGUCAUGGGAGGAACUCCAAGCAAACGCACCAUUACUGCCGUCAACGAUGAGCACGCAAACGUGAUACGGGUUGCUGAUUCAGUGUAUCAUCGUAUCAGGCAUCGUGCAAUUGAUGUCGCUCAGGAAGAGAAGACUCAGGCGCCAGCCACACCACCACCAGCACCACCUAGGCCCCAACCUGCAGUAGAAGCCGUGGAACCAGCUCGAAAAGAGCCUGAAAAACCAACCCAGGUCUUCCUACCGGAAAAUUGGGGGAAAGCAGAAGCCUUUCGUGACACUAGUAAUGUCCCAUUCCCACCAGAGGCAAGUCUGGCACUCAUGCGGCUCAAACUCGAACAGGAAGCUGAGCUCACAAAGCUGCAGGACUUGUAUGAGGAGCGACUGGAAAAACUCAGAUAUGAGUUUGAGAGCAAUACGCUGCUGAAUGAAGAUGAAUUCAACAAAACAGCUCAAGAGACAAGGGGGCUUUUCUCAGAUGCUUUACCAUCAGUGUGCCAGGAAGAGCAGAAGAAGGUCCUUGACUGUUACAAGGCCAAUUCUACUAAAUCCCUGUAUUGUGCUGGAGCUGUAGAGGACUUCUUGCAAUGCAUUGCUCAGCACAGGCUAGUGAUUCUCACCUAUUUGCUAACUGACAGUUAA